AUGUCGGGGUGGAGCAAUGGCACCUACAAUGAGUCCUACACCAGCUUCCUCCUCAUGGGCUUCCCAGGGAUGCAGGAAGCCAGAGCCCUCCUGGUGCUGCCCUUCCUCAGCCUCUACCUGGUGAUUCUCUUCACCAAUGCCCUGGUCAUCCACACGGUGGCAUCCCAGCGCAGCCUGCACCAGCCCAUGUACCUGCUCAUUGCCCUGCUCCUGGCUGUCAAUAUCUGUGCUGCCACCACCGUGGUGCCCCCCAUGCUCUUCGGCUUCUCCACACGCUUCAACCGCAUCUCCCUCCCUCGAUGCUUGGGACAGAUGUUCUGCAUCUACCUCUCCUGUGGGGAUAUCUCGCUGAAUAAGACGGUGGGACUCACUGUUCGCAUCUUCAACCGAGUCCUGGAUAUGUUCCUGCUAGGCACCUCCUACUCCCGCAUCAUCCAUGCUGCCUUCAGGAUCUCAUCAGGUGGAGCACGGUCCAAAGCCCUGAACACCUGUGGCUCCCACCUGCUGGUCAUCUUCACCGUCUACUCUUCCACCAUGUCCUCAUCCAUUGUCUACCGUGUGGCGCGCACUGCCUCCCAAGAUGUGCACAACUUGCUCAGUGCUUUCUAUCUGUUGCUCCCAUGUCUGGUCAACCCCAUCAUCUACGGGGCCAGAACCAAGGAAAUCAGGCAGCACCUGGUAGCUCUGUUCCAAAGGACUCAGCAACAGGUCUUCACUGAGAAGCCCCAGUCCCUGCCCUCGAAUAGAGAGCUUCCUGGAUGA